AUGGCCGGCUUACAAGCCAUUCAAUCUAAAGGAAUCUAUCAUGGAUUGCCUGUCUACCCUUCUGAGAUCAAAGGUCUGACGGCUGUUAUUGCCGGAGCCAGCGGGAUCUCAGGAACCUACAUGCUGAAAGUGCUCGCGGAGGCUCCAGAACGCAUCUUCCACCGACUUCCUCUCAAACGGCUCUCAAGGAAUUGCGGAGGUGUUGUCCAAGCACAAUGUCAAGCCCGAUGUCGUUUUUUCUACGCCUAUGUGCAGCCACCCAAGGCACAAGGUGAAUCGCGCCUGUGGACCAAUAUUGAGGACAUGGUGAACAUCAACAUGACACUUCUCAAUAACUUCCUUGAUGCGCUACCCCUGGCAAACGCCAUCCCAAACCGUAUUCUUCUCCAACUGGGCGCGAAGUACUACGGCGUCCAUCUGGGACCCACUACUGUCCCCCAGGAAGAGAAUGACCCCCGAGUUUCGCUGGAGCCCAAUUUUUACUAUCCUCAAGAAGAUAGGCUGAAGGAAUUUUGCCAAAAGUACAACGUCCACUGGAAUACCACCCGCCCCGCCUCCAUCCCCGGAGCUGUGCCGGAUGCUGCCAUGAACCUUUGCCUGCCUUUGGCAAUCUACGCUUCUGUUCAAAGCAUCUGGAUGAACUCCUGUCUUGCGGAAUGGCUUGUUCUCACUAACAAGACCAAAAAUGAGAGCUUCAACUCUUCCGACGGUAGUGCGUUUACCUGGGGAAAGUUCUGGCCAAAGAUGGCAGAAUGGUUCGGCGUUGAGUAUCGCCAUCCGGACACUAGCUCGGAUGCCAAGUAUGAUGAGGAGCCAACUCCGUUCGAUCCUCCUCCCGGGGGAUUUGGUAGCCAUGCAAUCAUGCGGACUCGCUUUAGGCUUGCUGAAUGGGCAAAGCGGCCCGAAGUGAGCCACGCGUGGAGGGAAAUUGCAGAGAAGCAUUGUUUGAUCGAGAAGGAGCUCCAGGAUCCGGAUAGAGUCUUUGCGUUCACAGAUAACUCUCUCAUGUGGUCCUGGCCCUCGAACUUCAGUCUAACCAAGCUGCGCAAAUAUGGAUUCCACGGGUACGUGGAUACAUCUGAGUCUAUUCAGGAGGUGUUCCGUGAAUUUGUCAACUUGAAGAUGAUUCCCCCUUUUGAAUGA